CAAAAUUACAAUUUGACGUACUUGUCAAUUGAAAUUGACAUUCGUAUUCACGUGUUUACUGUGGUUGCGAUGUGCAUAAAUAUUGUUAAAAUAGUUGAAAAAUAAUAGAAAUAACAAUGUUAUUGUUAGAAGAUAAAGAGAUUGACAUAUUUGUCGCUAGUAAAAUAGGUUCUUUCAAACACAUAAAAUACCACACAGAUACAACUAAAAAUAAUAAGAAAUACAUAGAGAACCUAGUUGACAUAAAGACACUGCAGAAAGAUGAGGGGAUCACACGGAUGGAGUGGGGCAACGCUGAUCAGACAGAAAUACUUAUCGGACGCAAAAACCAACAGAUACAAAUCUACAAUACACUCCAAGGUUUCACGAAGUCCUACACAGCUGAUUUCGCGCCAGGUGAGGUCGUUGGCCUCGGCCGGUGUAAGAGGAAGCUGCUGGCUGCAGUCUCCAGUGGAGUCGUGAAGAUAUGGAGCAAGAAAACUGAGGAGAUUGUUAACGUUGGCAAAAUUGAUCGGAUGAGGGUCUGUGCAGAUGAUGAUACUGUUUUUGCUACCGGUGGAGAAGAAAACGACUUGAAACUAUGGCGUAUAGGGGAGACCGCACCUACAUUCGUAGCCAAGAACCUCCCUCAUGACUGGUUGCAACUCAGAAGGCCUGUUUGGGUGACUGACCUCACCUUCUUACCGCAAGAGGGCGGGAGGUUAGUCGCUGUGUGUUCCAGACAUGGAUAUGUUAGGUUAUAUGAUAGUCGAGCACAAAGAAGGCCCGUGAUUGCCGUGGACUUUGAGAAGAUGGCUGCUACCUGCAUCACCAACAGCUUCGACGAAAGGCAAGUCUUGGUAGGUUUCGGAAGAGGCCAACUCCAUCAAGUGGACCUUCGUAAGGGCAAACCUGAUAAGGGCUACAAGGGAUGCGUGGGCGCAGUGACCGAUAUAGCGAUAGUGAGGGAACGGCGACUUAUAGUCAGUUCGAGUCUCGAUCGACAAUUAAGAGUGCAUGAUUACGCUAGCAAGGAUUUAGUAUAUAAGCAAUACCUAACUUCGAAGCUGUCAUGCGUCCUGAUACAGACAGAGAGCUCGACUCCUCUCACCAGAGAGGAUGCUGAUAUCAAAGAGGAGAAACCAGAGAUAGAAGAAGUAGAGGAGAAGGAAGCUGAUGAUUUAGAUUCGUUGUUUAAAAAUAUGGAGACUGUCGGUGAAAAACCGAAAAAGACGAAACUGAAACCGGAACCCGAAGAGUUGCCAGCUAAGAAAAUUAGACCGUCAUCAGAAGGCUGCACUGACGCUGAUUUGGAAGACACAGAAGAUGCGAUCAAGAAGCUUCUGAGGAGUACUGAGAAGCAGAAGAGGAAACGGGAACAGAAGAAGAAAGAGAAGAAAGCUAAAAGUGUGUUCCAUAAUGCUUAGAAUAAAAUAUAAUAA